AUGGUAAUGAUGGAACCGAUAUCCCGAGAGAUGGAGGAGAGCGAGAUGGCAGAACAGCUUCGCGAUUUUGUGCCCGGCUCCCCAGAAGAGAAGAAACUUGUACGCAAGAUUGAUCUCUAUCUGAUGCCGAUCCUAUGGAUCAAAUAUGUGUUUAAUUACAUUGAUCGAACCAACAUUGGAAAUGCAAAAAUCGCCGGCAUGCAGCACGAUUUGAGCCUGACCGACGACGGCUAUGCCUGGGUUCUCUCCAUCUUCUUCUUUGGCUACCUGCUCUGCGAAGUGCCCUCCAACAUGCUCCUCAGCCGCAGCCGGCCCUCCGUCUUCCUCCCGACCACGAUGCUGGUCUGGGGCGCGCUGAGCGCCUGCAUGGCCGCAUCGCGGAGCUACGGCGCCCUGCUUGGCUUCCGCUUCGUCCUUGGCUGCGUCGAGUCGGGCUUCUUCCCCGGCGUCUUGUACGUGCUGAGCUGCUGGUACACGAAGGCCGAGCUCGGCAAGCGCUUCGCCGUCUUUUACACCGCCGCCGUCUCGUCGGGUGCCGUUGGCGGCAUCCUCGCGGGCGCCAUCACUGCGAAUUUGCACGGCGCUUGCGGCAUCGCCGGGUGGCGCUGGCUCUUCAUCAUUGAGGGCGUUGCGACCGUCACCGUCGCUCUGGCCUCGUACUUUAUCCUGCUGGACUACCCUUCUACCUCUAAAAAGCUGAGUCCAGAGGAACAAAGGCUGGCCACGCUACGAAUCAUCCACGAUGGAAUCGCUAACGGAAGCGCAGGAAAGCCCCGGCUGUCACAUUGGCAGGCUUUUUUAGCUGCAAUCUCCGAUCCCCGCACAUACAUCUUCAUCCUGCUCUACAUGCUCGACAUUGGCGCAGGCACUAUAUCAUACUUCAUCCCUACCAUUACUCUAACACUGGGCUACGAUACUGUCAAGGCGCAAUACAUGACAGUGCCAAUCUACGCUGUCGCGGCCGUGUGCCUCAACAUCAUUGCCUGGUCGUCUGACCGACACAUUGAGCGCCGCUGGCACAUUACCGGCGCUCUCGCCAUCGGCUUUGUCGGCAGUGUCGUGUGCGCCGCCGUGCAACAUGCCGUCGUGCGAUACGUCAUGAUUUGCUUCAUCGCCGCGGGUAUCUGGUCCGCCGUGCCGCUGAUCCUCACCUGGACCAGCGAUGUCAUCAGUUUGCCGUCAGAAAAGCGCGCCAUUGUGCUGGCUCUUGUCAAUGCGUUUGGCAACUUCUCCAGCGUCUACGGCAGUCGUAUUUGGCCCAAGAGUGACUCCCCGGGCUAUCAAAUCGGCUUCGGUGUGACUGCGGCGUUUCUUGGCGCUGCAAUGGUGCUGGCCAUGUCGGGACCUCUGCUUUGCCGCUUAUCCCAAGCCUGGGGUCGCACAGAUGAUGCGGCUCCGACGAGUCUGGAGAAGACAAAGGUCAAAUAA